AUGGAUGCCAGUGAGCUUCCCUAUGGGAUCCUCUUUCUGUUCCAGAUUGCCUUUGGGGUCUCAGGGAAUUUGUUCCUCCUCCUGAUUUAUAUGCACGUGCUCUCCACCACCCACCAGCUGAAUCCUCCAGACCUGAUCAUCGCUCAUCUGGCCCUGGCCAACACCAUGGUCCUUCUCAGCCGGGGGAUCCCCGACAUCCUGUCAUCUUGGGGGUGGCAUAAUUUCCUGGAUGAUGUUGGUUGUAAAAUUCUUUUAUAUAUUUAUCGAGUGGCCCGGGGUCUUGCCAUCUGCACCACUUGCCUCCUGAGUGUCUUCCAAGCCGUCACCAUCAGCCCUGGCACCUCCCAGUGGGCAGGAGUCAAAACCCAAUUCCCCAACUUCAUCUUUCCCUCCUGCCUCUUCUCCUGGGUCCUCAAUCUGCUGUUUGACAUGACCGCACCGAUGUUCAUCACGGGUCUCGGGAACAGCACCAACAUGAACAGUGUCAUCCUGAAAUACUGUUCCUCCAUCAGUAUCGGUGCAGUCACAACCCUGGUCAAUGCGGUGGUGCUCUCCCUCCGUGAUAUGUUCUUUGUGGGACUCAUGAGCGUGGCCAGUGGCUACAUGGUGUUUGUCCUGCACAGACACCACCGGCAGGUCCAACAUCUCCACGGGCCUGGAUGCUCCCGCAGAACAGAACCCGAAGUCAGAGCAGCAAAGAGAAUCAUUGCCCUGGUCACCCUCUACGUCCUCCUCUAUGGACGGAACACAAUCACCCUGAGUUUUUUAUUGAAUAUGAAGGUAAAUUCCUCUCUCAUUCUGAAUAGUAACAACUUCAUGUCCUUCACUUUUUCAGCUAUCAGUCCAUUUCUGAUUAUUCUCAGUGACAGGAGAGUGAGAAUGUUCUGGAAAAGAGAUUCUCAUAUUCCCAACUGGGAUCCCUCUUAG